AUGGAUCCAAGACAGCAACAACCACAACACCAGCAGCAGCCGCAGCAGCAACAACAGCAACAACACCAGCAGCAGCCGCCGCCGCAGCUGCCCUUCUCGCGCAACGCUGCAUCGCAGUACAGUCGCUCGCCUUUCCCUCCAUCCUCCAACACAACGGCAAACUCGACCCCGAAUCAAUCGCCCUUCCAUGCCGACCACCAGCGACGCUCCUCAGAAAACCCAUACUAUCCUUCCGGCCCGAGAUCCUACCCGCCAGAACCCAAUAAUUCUGGUCCUGUGCCGCCUCCCUCGGGCCACUCGGGUCACUCAAGACACCCGAGUGCAUCCUCGCUACCUCCCGCCGCGCCCUUGAAUCGCAACAUGCCUCCUCCAGGCUCGCCUCCCCAGCCGGGAAACCCGCCGCCGCCGCCGCCGUCCUCCCAUCAAAUGACCCACUACGGUCUGCCUGCGCCGAGAGCUCCGCCCUUGAACGUCGGCCACCCGACCUCCUUCCCCGGCGGCCGCGAGCUGCCCUCACUCAACUCGAUACAGAGAACAGGGAGUACCGGUAGCUCCAUGUCGAUAUCGUCCAUGUUGGGAGGUCCGCCCCCGUCGAGAGAUUCGCAGCCGCCCCCGUCGCAUUACCACCCCCCGGCCACCUCUGCCCCCUCCGGCCCGACCUUUGCCCCGUCCAUGCAGGCCUCCCCCAGGAUGCACUCCGCCUCGUCCGAGUACCAACCCUUCAGGAGACCGCAGACUCCAGACCACGCGCGUCCCUACGAUCCGAGAGGCAGCGCCGCCGCCUCGCCCCAGGGCACUUAUUCCACCACCCCCGAGAUGCAGCGAUACGGCACGCCACAACAGGGAUACCAUCAGCGCGGCCCCUCGGCCCAGGAUGGUAGAGAGCCGAGCCGAAUGUCUCAGGGCCCUCCUCCCCCCAGACCUACGAGCCAGCCCAAGUCGUUUCAGCAGAAUAUGCCCCCGAGACCUGUGGAAAUGGGCCGGGGCAACGCGCCCGACGACAUGUAUCAACGUCGCGACGAGAUUCCCCGAGGAUCGAUGGAAUACAACCCCGAGAGACCCGGUUUGAAGCCAAUGAACUUUGGCGACCGAUACCGUGCAGAAAGGGAGCGUCGCGAAGAGAUGGAGUUCAGAGAGAGAGAGCGCAGAGAGCGUGCAUAUUCUGGAGGUGACGGCGGACGCAACCUCCCAGCCCACCAGUCCGAGUAUCGCCCGCAGGACCUGCAAAGAGCCCAACCUCCGCCCUUCACUCGGCCACCUGAGCAGCGUGACCAAGGACCAUGGCCACCUCGGCAGCAGCAACAGCAGCAGCAGCAGCAGCAACAACAACAACCACAACCGCAGCAACAGCAACCGCACCAGCAGCAGCAGCAGCCUUUCGACCAGUCCAGGGUCCCUUACGACCCGGCCGGCCUGCAUCCCCGACACCAUCAUGAGUAUCCCCCCACCUCUGCACCCAAUUACCCAGGCCAAGGCCAGAAUCAGAGCCAUCCUGCGUCCGCUCCCCAGUACCAGCAACAGCCCCCUCCCAACGAUCGAUACCCCGGUCCCCCGAACCACCCCCAGCAGCCACCUCCGGGUCAGCCUGGGCAGCACCAGCACCAGCAGCAGCAGCAGCCUUUCGACUCCCCCGAGCGGCAGCGCGUCAACCACCUUCAUCCUCAACAGGCGCAGCCGCCUUCCGCGCAUCGCCGGCUCACCGAAGAUGGCCCGCCGCCUCCUUCGGUCGCGUACAACACACCACACGGUCCUCCGGUCUACGGUUCGCCUCGCCAUCGGCCUGCCGAAGAACAUCCCAGCAUCAACCAGCGGAACCUGCUGGCAGUUCAGGAAAUGAACCGCAAAGGAAGGGUUUCGCCAUUGCCGCAGGCCGUGCAAGGAGCCCAGCCACAGCUCCCGGGACCCGCGGGCGAGCCUGGUAUCAAGAGCGAGUUUGGUAGGAUGUUCUCGGGAAUCGGGAGUGGCGUCACUGGCCUCGGCGUUGGCAGCCCCGUCAGCGCGGGAGCUCAAUUGCCCUACACCAACGCGAGUCUUGCCCGCCGCGACGAGACGGACAGCGCCGCGCACGAGUCCGGUCCUGAUACGACGGCGCCGAAGCCCAAGGGUAGGAGGAGAAAGCUCAAGGAAGAAGACACCAAAGGGGAUGAAGACAGCACGGGACGGCUGACGCCCAGUGGUCGAGCAAAGCGCCCCAAGACUCAUCAACACCACCACCACCAGUACGUCCCGGUUCCCUCAGGUUUGUCUACCACGACUAACGGCAGUAGCCACCACCAUCAUCACCACCACCACGGCGCCGACCAUGCCCACGCCCCCACGCCUGCUCCCGUCGGCAUCACGCCGUUCAAGAACGUCAAGGGCAACACCCCCAUCCCCUCACCGACAACCGGUCUCACGAAAGACCUGCCGACCGCUCAUCACCACCAUGUCCCGCGCCCGGCGCCUCAGCACACCCAUGUGAGGGAGGCACCCACAAAGCAGGCCGUGCAGAGUCCGACCAGCAUCCUCCCGCCCAAGCCCAAAACGAUCGUGUCCUCCAAGGCCGUCCUCGCAUCCGUUGCGCACCGGCCUCGGACCCAUCUAGGAGACGUCCUUUACGAGCCGAAACUGACGCCCGCCAGGCAGAUACCCAACGUGCCGUCCGGCCGUGGUUUCUCGUCAACCCCGACGCCGCUUCCGUGGCACAUAAUCAAGGACAAGGAGAACUGCACGCUCACGGUCAAGGUGCCCAAGGUGCACCUCACCCCGUUGGCCAGGGAGGAGAUAACGGCACGGAGGGCUUUGUGGGGCACAGACGUCUACACAGACGACUCGGACAUCAUCGCCGCCUGCAUCCAUGGGGGAUGGAUUCGAGGAGAAUGGGCCGAAGAUGUGGACGUUGCCCUGUUGGAUCUCGACCGGGGUCUCUCGGCCCCGGAGAAGGAAGUUCCCGCGACUAAGAGACGCAAAGAAAAAGAGAAGGAGGAGAAGGCGAGACUCGAGGCGAACUCGGCCACGUAUCUAGACAAGCCGCCGAAGACGGGCCCUGUCAGCGUGCCCGCCGAUCGCGACAUGCACGUCAGCAUCGUGAUUCUUCCACGGCUGGAGAAGUACGGCAGCACGACGCGCUUCGGCAUCCAGUCGCGCGAGUACGGCGGGCGAUAUAACGGGCGCCAGUCGAUCCACGAUGGCAUCAGCUUUAUGAUCACGGGCAUUCGUUGGGUCACGAACGGCGCCGGCACGCAAAACCGGCUCCGCGGAAAAGGCCGACGAGAGCGCAUGCGCAAAGCGAUGGGCGAAAUGAAUGCCGCCAGCCGGGGCCUCAACGGGGCUGCGCUGGAGCGCGAGAAGCAGCGCCUCGAUAAGAUUAGAGGUGAGAUAGUAUCGGGCACCUGGUGGAAGAAGGAAAAGGGUCGCGGGAACGGCGCGGCUGAAAAGGAGGAAAGAUUGCCUAGCGAGGGCGACAAGGAGAAUAGAAUCGACGAUGACGAGCCCCGCGGUGCCGUGCCCGCUACGAACGGCGCUUCCAAGAGUGGCGGCGUCUCGACGGACAAGGGUGAAGAAAUGGACGUGGACGAGAAGGCGAAGGGCGUAGAGGCCCCCAAAGCAUAA